AUGUCGUUUAAUUUAGUUUCUGAUGAAAAGGCCUCCAAAGCUGCUGAAGAAUAUGCCGAACAACUCCAUGAAAUUUACAAACAUGAGUGUUAUGGAACUCAGAAAAAAGAGUGUAAGAUAAUUUUUGUACAUUUUACAAAACCUCGGGCUGAUCCGCGGUGUAAGAACCUGUUAAACUCACAAGUGAUGUAAAACAGAGGAAACAAAGAAGUCAACACAAUAGAACGCAGAAAAACAAAAGGUGCGAAACAAAGAAGAAGUUCACUGGUUCUUACACCGAGGUAAACCCAAACCUCGCCCCCUCCUGAAAGUGUCUCAAUACAAAAACAAAAGAUCUGUCUGUUUGUAUUGAUCUAUUCAUUUUUCCUUUUUUUUGCUUUUUUUUAGCUUGCCACACGCUAGCAGAGUUUUACAUGUCAGUUGAACGGAACAUAACGAAAGCAAAGGAACUUUACCACUACACUUGUUAUGAGCUUGACCUUCCUGAAAGUUGCUUUGCGUUAGGAAACCUUUAUCUUACUCAAAAAAGUAGGGUUACUAUUAUUAACUAUUAUACAGUAUAAUUUAUCAAACCUGAGUUAGAACAGGACUAUGUGAAAAUAUAUGUUAAUUUUUUUGUCAGUAUCAUAUUUUUGAUGUAACAUUUUAGGCAACUAACGUUUCACUUAAACUGAGUCAAGUUAAGAAAUGGUGUGGGAGGGGUAAAAGUGCUGUUUGCUUUUGGUUUCAUCAAGCUUGUGGAUUAUUUGAGGCCGUGAGGUUUGGUUCAGCCAAGAGUCAAAACUAUAAGACCUUGCACUGGGCAAACUGAUGCUCCACCAAUAUACUGAUGGCCUUAGCCAGGUUCCAUAAGGCACGUUAAGGUUAGAGGAACUCAUAAUAUUGUUUCAAAAGAAAAGGUAAUGUUAUUGUUCCAGAACAAAACUUUUGAGCCCUCUUAUCUGAACAAUGCUUUAAAAAAAACUUGUUCUUGCCACAGACAAGAAAUUGACAACUGAUCAAUUUGAUUAGAUCAUGCAUGAUGCCUUUCCUUCUUGAUUCUGUGUCAAAUACAAUACUGUAAACGAUCUAAUAGACACCCUUUUGUACAUAAAUGCCAAAUAAACACCCCUGUUAAUAUGUUAAGUUUGUAUUGGACACCCCACUGAAAUAAACGUACCCUCUUGUACCCCUAAAUUUAAAUAAAUGCCCCAUGCAUCCAUUAGAUCAUUUACAGAAUCUCCAUUACCUUCCUUCCAGAACACAAAGAUCCUGAGAAGGCAGUCAGUUUGUUUCACAGAGCAUGUGAGAAGGGCUCUCCAGGAGCAUGUAAUAAUGCAGGAUUAACAUAUCAAAAUGGAAUCCAAGGAUCAACAAUACAAAAGGACAUCCAUAAAGCUAUAGAGAUGUUUUCUAAGUCCUGUGAAUUAGGACAUCCAAAUGGCUGCUUCAACUUGAGUGUGAUUUACCUAACUGGGAAAGAUGGAAUUCCAAAAGAUUUACCCAAAGCUUUUGAGCUUUCACAAAAAAGCUGUAACAUGAUGCAUCCAUGGGCUUGUGCUAACAUUAGUAGAAUGUAUGCCAUUGGUGAUGGUGUUGAGAAAAACCCACAAGAAGCAGAGAGGUACAAAAGAUUUGCAAAAAAAUACUCUGGACAAGAAAUCAAGAUAUGAAAAAUCACUAAAAUAUUCCUUAC